AUGGCUCUUCAAGGACUCCGAGUCACCGCCUUUACGGGAUCUUCGAUUGAUUUCCUCUCAGAGAGUGGAAACUCCUAUCCUGUCAUCGCGCCCCAUGAGUUGGUGGCAGUGAGAGGGGUCGUGCAGGCAUCCGGGUCGGGGUAUCAUGGCUGGAGGAGGCUCGGCUUUGGUGGUGGAGACUUCCAUGUUCUGCAGCGGUUCGGACUUGGGUGGAGGCUCGACCCGUUGUUGCUGCCGGAACACGGCGUGAAGCAGGCGUGUGCGAUCGUGGAGAGGACGGAGACGAUCCUGAAUACAAACCUCCUCUAUGGUUGGCUCACAGGACCAGAUCGUUACAGCAUCCUCUUUCGAAAAUCCAUCCCCUUCUCUCUAGCGGAGACCACUCACCCAUCAGCGCCACGUGUUGACAUAUCAUUGGAGGGCGUUACACAACCCUUGCCUCUGCACACCGUCUUUAGUCACGUCCACAAGACCCACCCCUCAUGGGGCAGUGCCGUCCUGCAUGUGCUUAUAGGGAAGGAUCUUUUGCUGGGCCUGCGCACGGACGAGAGGGUGCUGCCAAUCAAUCACGACCUGACCGCUGUCGGCCACGUGAGAUUUGGUUCCAACGGUCGACCUGCAAUCUUCGCUUCCCCCAAACUCCCCUACUUCCUCAUCUCCGACACCAAGGAGGGCAUGCUGCAGAGACUGAAUCGCGAGUGGAGGAUGCUGCUAGGAUGGUGCUUGUUUUUGUCUGCUGCUGCUGUGGGCCUCGUUGGCUUUGCUCUGUGGAGGGAGGCCUCACAUGUCAGGGCGCUAGCAGCUUCAACCUUGGAGCUUGAAAGGAGCUUGGCACAUAUAAGUGGCGAUGGGGAUGCGGACGAGGAGGUAGUGGGGGAGGAGGUGCAGAGUGGUGAGCGCUGUGUGGUGUGCCUGCAUCGCAAGCGCAAGGCGGUCUUUGUACCGUGUGGCCACCGCGUGUGUUGUGUAUCGUGUUCGAGGGUGGUUAGGGUGGAACAGUUGCCAUGUCCCAUUUGCCGCGGGCAGAUUCUGGCUGCCUUUCGUGUGUAG